AUGAGUGACGAAGUUGCGAAGCUAAGAAACCAGGUUUUAGAGCUCCAGGGCCUUGUUAAAAGGCAAAGCACUAUGCUAGCAAAGACGGGCCAAUCGAUCAUAGAGUUGCAGAUUGCCCAGCAAAAAGCCGAUAUCAGAAGCCUAGAUCUAGAGAAGAAACCUGAGAAGCCUCAGACAACUGCUGGUGCGGCUAAUGGUGGCUUGGAUCCGGAUUUCGAUACCAGUAAAUUGGCUACUAAUAGCGAUUUAGAGCAAUUGGUGGAAGAACUACAAGGACAACUAGACUACCUUGAAGAGAGAUCUAUCCGUAGAGUGUCCAAUAACAACAAGAGGAAUCCCGAGGACCUAAUUGGACCUCUUCCAAACGCAGACGGAGAGCUUCCAGAAGAUUACCAGCUUCCUUUCCCCAAGACUGUACAGGAUUUCAUCGACAUUAAGGAUUUGGACUUGUGUAAGAUAGCAGAGUUUUAUGGGGUUUUGCCGUUCCCACUCUCAGACCUCGAGGCAAUUACCAAGGGUUUGCAGAAUGCUGAGGAGGUCACUAUCCCCACGUUUAACGACGACACGGCUGAAGAGCAAUUGAAGAAAUAUUCCAAAGUCGAGAUGGAUGCCAUUUUUGAUACCGUUGCCAGGUACCUCGGUUUGAACAAUAGGCGGACAAAGGAUACGUGGUAG